ACAAUCGAGUCUGCUUACUGAUCUCAGCCAGUCAUCUUCAGACUGUCAGGUAAAGCAGAACUUGCUCUAGCCAAACGCAACUUUCUUUUAGUGUCAAAUUGCAGAGAUCUUUGUCAUACUCUAUAUUAUUUUUUUGAUGAUCCACUUUCCCGAAGCAGUUUUUAACUUUGUUUUGUCAGUGGAUUCAGAUUUGUUAGCUAGUAACCACUGAGACCUCUAAUGUUGGCUCUUUGUCUGGUUAAAGAUGGGAGAAGAGGAAAAAAUGCAGAUAAAGAAAGAUAUCUGUUGGCAAUCUUUGUUCUAUGCUGAGGUAUAUCACAUUUCUCUUUGUACAGAAUCUUUUCUUUCAGAUAUUGUACUCUACAAUGAGUUCUAAUGAAUAACAUACCUCCAUAACUUUAUCUAAAAAAGCAGAUUUAAGAAAGUCUUUGGCAGUGAUAUAUUACGAGUGAUACUUAAACUAGACUAAAAAGUUGUAAUUUGUUACUUGAACAAGAAAGUAGGUCAGAUGUCAGCACCUUAGUCUAAUUAAUUCAACACAUAUGCAUAACUCAACACCACCGCCUUUGAAAUUUAGAAAUGCCUCUGUUGCAGCCUGUGCAGGACAUGGGUGUUUCAUCAUUUCUUCCCCACAUUGCUCAUUUCAUUACUUUUUUUUUAAAAAAAUUUUUUUUUUAAUAAACACUGGGUGCUCACUCACUAGCCUUGAUUGCUUUGGCCUUGGCGUUUUUAUACACCAUUGAGCAAGUUUCUUCUACUGAGGCCUCAUUGAUAAUCUUGAGAUAAAACUUCUGGCACGCAAACAUGAAUUAUUUUUAUUUUUAGAUGAUUAUUUUUUAAUUGCUCUCUUAAUUUGCCAGCACAUUGACGUUAUCAGUGUUUUUGGAAGAUAUGUUAACAAACUAAUGCAAAGGCUUGACAAUGAAAAUAUCACAGAGGAGUUUAAUUUUCAGAUAGGCUGCACUGUUGAAAUGUACGGGUGUUUGUGGCUUCCUGACUUAGAGGAAACGGCUUUAACCUUAAUGGUUUUGCUUAGCUCUAAAUAGAGGAAGUAGGUAAGAAUGUCAAACAAGCUAGUAGUAUUUCAAUCAUGCCUAUAUUGCUUUGCUGCUUUAAUGUCUGCCAAGUAGGAAAGGGUCAGGUGAGCAUAUUUGAAUACCCGACCAGCAGUUCAGGCCCGAUUCUGAAAUUGUUGUGACAGCAUACACCCUUCUUCAAGUGUAACAGCCACAUUAACUUACUUGCCCACAGUUUCCAAAUCUUUGGUAAAUGUUUUAAAGAGGUUUUUAUAUAGUUUUAAAUAUGCAAUAAAAAUAAGUUUCUAGAGUAAAGUUUGUGCAACUACAAUUGACUGAAAAUGGGUUUUACAUCAAUGAUUAAAAACUGGACAUUCACAUAGAUGCUGAAAUGUUAUCCACUCUUGCUUGAUUGUAUUGCAUUGCAUAACAGAGCGGAAUACUUUCCAAAUAACAGGGCAGGUAACUGCAGUUGCAUUCAUGUUCUUUGUUUCUUCACGUUUGCCCUACUAAAAGGUCAUGCUGAAAAGAAAUCAUUACAGCACAGAAAUGGCUGAUGCUGUUAGAGAAGCCAGCAUAUUAUACUGUUGGUACAGUUGGGUGAUUUCCUUACUUUUAACAGAAAAUGUAAACUUUUGUUAUUUGGUUUGUUUUUUUCCUCUGUGGUUAGAUUCACUGACUGAAGGGGGAGAUUGAUAAUGCACCACUUUCUAGAAGGGCUAGUGUUUUCACUUCACAAGAAUUUCACCUUCACUGUCAUACACAUGGCUGUUAAUUAUUGGCUGAUCUUUUUCCUUGUCGGAUUUCGAGUUUGAUGCUUUUGAUCUGUGGAUUUGUUUCAUUUCACAUCAGAGGGGUGUGUGUGUGUGUGUGUGUGUGUGUGUGUGUGUGUGUACGAGAAAGAGGAGGGACUGUGUGUGCUCUUGCCUGUAUUUGUUUUGUUCUGGGGGUGUGGUUGGGUUUGACGUCACAUGCUACGGAGUGUCACACCAUUCUCAUAUAGAAACAGCUUCCUCUUUGCUAGCACAUUCAUACAGCAAGUGAGCAACAGGGUGGUUUUUUUGUUUUCUUUUUUCCCCUGUAGAAGGAUGUGGUAAAGAGGCCUUAUGUACAACAACUUAACUGGAACUACAUGCAUAAUGUCAAGAGGAUUUUAAAGAUUUUUCUGGGAGGGGGGAGUCUUAAUAUUUGUUUAGUUCUUGGUUACCUUUUCUGCCUUGAGGCCUGUACGCAGGCUUUUUAGAAAAAAGAAACUUUUUUUUUUAAAUUAUUCAUUGUGUUCAUUUAUUAGGAUAGGAAAUGCCUACUGUCAGUAGGUAUAUGACUUUUCGUUCAUCAAAGCGAUUUAAAUUUACCAGCUACCCAGUAGAGAGCAGCAGUGGUGGGCUGCCAGCCAAAGUAAGGAAAAGCAGGAGCACCUUAAGCAAUGGCAGCAUCAAAAAGGUGGACGCGAGGAAAGCUUUGAGUUUAGAGGCGGCCCAGCUCGAGAUCCAGCAACAGCACAAAACCCUGACCAGACAAGCACCUGUCAGGGCGCAAACUUUUGACGUCGACAGCAAAGACUCUAAGAAGACCGAGGGCACCGGCUCACAAAGUAGUUUUAAAAAGCACAACAAAACAUUUCACAAGUUGUUUCCAGACAUUCCUGAGAGUGAAGACUUGAUUCAUGCAUACAUCUGCGCCCUGCAGAAGGAGGUGCCCUACCAUGGUCGGCUAUACAUCACUGACACGCAUGCUUGUUUCUUUUCCUCUGUUUUGCUUAAGGAUACUAAGGUAGUGGUUCCAGUUUCCUGCAUUAAAAGAGUGAAAAAGCAGAAUACAGCUUUGCUGGUACCCAACGCCUUGUCAAUUCGCACCACAGAGGGAGAUAAGUACCUCUUUGUGGCUCUGAGGAAUAGAGAGUCGUGUUUUCAGCUGCUGCGUUCAGUCUGUCCUCAGCUAGAGGAUGUCAGUGCAAACAGUAGCCCUCUCUUCUCCUCAGCUGAAAACAGCUUUGAUAAGAACAAACUUGUGAACUCCAGCCAGUCCAGUCUGGACGAUAGCUUCGACCAAUUCAAUGGCUCCAAGUCUCAGACUUUACAAGAGGACCGCCCUCUGCAUAGACUGCAUACAGAGGCAGUGCCUAAUGUAAAUGGUUCCUCUCUGAAGAGCCUACAUAUGCAGCAGAGUGAAAGUUCAUCUACAGAAGAGCUGUCUGUGUCAGGUGGAUCAUGGGUGUGGAAUGUGACUGAAAAAGCCAAGUCCUUGGUGGUUCAGAGAGAGGCCAGCAACCUCAACACUCUGCUCUUCAUUUACUUGAUUUUGGUGGUGCUGCUGCUGCUGUCUUCGGGCUACAUCGGUUUACGUAUCGUGGCCCUGGAGGAACAGCUGACGUCCCUGGGCGCUCUGCCUGAAUUCAACUUGCAGAGCAGGUACCAACAAGACACAUAACAAUCAGCAACUUAAGGAGAGAUUGGUUGACUCAUGAUCGGAAGAUAAUUUCUGCCUCUUCCCAGCAGAACCAGCCAGGGAACUUUAACGUACUCAGACUUUGGUCUCGAUGUGGCCUGCACAAAAGAAGAGUGGCCAACAUGUGCAAUUUCAGACACAACUUGUUGACUUGAAGGGCUAUAUUUCCUCCAAGUGCAGUAAACACAGCAAAACAAAAGGACAUGCUGCGACCCAGUCACAUAGAGCCGAGCCAAAAACAUGUACACGCACUGCCUGGUUGCAGUGUCUGUUUGAACCAAAGCCAAACGACUCUUAGUGAGGUGCCACAUUAGUCAAGUCGAUAGGCACGCUUCUGGCAGCAACUGUUCCACAUCUGUGAAUUUACGUUGUCCUCUUCUUUCUGAGCAUGCAUUCUUGAACAGGGCUUAAAGCAUUAGCCUGCUGUAGUGCCGAUGAUUGCACCUCACCUCUCUCGACGUAGUGCUAUGCAUAGCCAAAGAUGCACACGUCUUUUGCAUGAGUGAUGAUGGAAUGAUGUUUUUGUCUGUUAUUUAGCCCUCAAUCAGCAGUGGUGUCUAAACGCCUUUUAAAUCCAGUCACUUUCGGGUACUUCUCUUCAAAUGGUUCUUAUAUUCCGAAUCCGCGGUGGGUUGAAAUGAUGAUGGCUAAGAUCCAAACUUCAGAUCAGCCCGCAGAGGCUCGAUACUUUCCUGAUGGUCUUGUCCUUUCUCUCUCUCUCUCUUUCUCUCUCUGUCCAAGCAGAAAUGAUUGCAGUAUUACUUGAGUUUGGCAGGAUUUAAACCUGUUUAAUGAUCAUUGCUCAGAAGUGAUUUUUUUUUUUUUCCCUCCCAGUCUCUACUGGAUGAAUGCAUCAACAAUGCACAAAAUACACAAGAAUAUUAGGAAGCUGUAUUAGGUAAAGAAAUGUUUUUGAGUACAGCUUUUCGCUGACUUUGGUCUUCAAGAGUAGCAAUCAAACCUGUCUUUUUGAUGUCAACUGCAAACCUCUCUCUAUGACAGGCCUGUUGGGGACCAAGGUGGCAUUUCUUCAGGUUAUUUAAAGUAGCACCAAUAACAUAUUUCUAAUGUAGGUGUCUGGGGAAAAACAGGCACUUGACUGAUUCUGUGUACUCUUUGUCACCUGAAGAGGAUUUUUUUUUUUUUUCUUCUUCUUAAAUAACCACACUUGCUGCAAGGUCCGAGAUUAUCAUAAGUAAAACAAGUGGUCCCAAAAAGAAAUUUCAAUAUGCAACGAAUUGUUUUGCAUGACAAAAUGUAAUUUCUGUGAGCAGUUUGUUUGUUUUGUCUUUUAAAUGGAACUUGAUGUUCGUGGGUUCGUGGAAAUUGAGUGAAAGAAUCGUCUCGAGGGAGCAAGCGCACUUUAAAAACUUGUGGUGUGCCUGUCACAAUCCAAGACGCUGUUUGGAUUGAGAAGAAAUGGCAAAAGUGGUGUUCUGUGGUAACUAAAGGUGCUUAGACCUUAUUUUAAACAACAAAAAAGAUUUCACUCAGGGGUGGUGGGGCACUACCCACCAUGUGGUUUUAGGUUGUCAACUUUUCCGCUCAUUUCAAAGUCUUGUUCUCAUGGUGGGGUUCACAUUCUAUCCUCUGUGGUUCCUCCAGUGUUCCUUAAAGGAAGAACACUGUUUCAUUGAGUUUGCUCAACUUUACCAAUUGAUAAAACUGUUUGCUUUCUGGCUGUUGGUUUUUUGUUUGUUUGUUUCCCCCCCCCCUUUUUUUGUACGACCUGUUUAAACUAACAAUGCAUAUCCAUCUCAGUGAUUUAGCAUCACCUUUAUGGAAGCUCUCAGGAGAGUCCUUUUGUGAUGUUCAGUUAAGGUUACUCUCAUAAUGCCACAUACAGUACUGUCAGUUCUUACACCCCCCCCCCACCUGGGGGCAGCACACACACGCAAGUACUGUCCUCAAAAAGACUCCUUUAAUUCAGCGAGGAGGGUAGUAGUUGUGAGGUUUUGCACUAUUACAAGUGUUGUAAAUAAUUUUGUAUCAUUUGUUAACGCCCUUAAUUCUAUUAUUGUCCCAUAUUUAUUUGCAUUCUGUGUAAUUCAAAGUAGUCUCUGUGAGAUGACUUUGCUAUUGUUCAAAAUAAAUCAAAUGUUUCAGUAAA